AUGAUGGCACCUCCACAAAGACCUCCAUGCUGUGUAAUUUGUUGUUGUGAACAACAAGAACCACCACCAAUGCCUCCACCAAUAAUUUUGCAGCCACUACCACCACCACCCCCUCCGCCCCCACAAAUUUGCCUUCUUUGCUGUUGUGAACAAGCACCUCCUCCCCCACCACCACUUCCACCACCCCCUCCUCCACAGCCUUGUUGCUGCUGCUGUCCAUGUUGCUGUUGUUGUCCCCCACCCCCUCCACCACCAAUGCCCCCACCAAUGCCGCCGCCUCCUCCUCCACCAUGCCCUUGCUGUUGUUGUUGCUGUCCUCCAGGUGAGUUUUAUAGUAAAAUGUGA